ACCAUACCCCCACCAGCCUUUGUUCCAUCCACUCCUACGGUCCCUCUUCAGUACCGCAUCUCUGCACCGCCUAUCCCCUCCUUCGCACGUCGUGAUCCCAUUGAUCUUCUCGCUAUCGUCGGCUCCAAGAUCAACGCUGUCAUCAAAAGACUGCAGGCUAUCUUUGAUCACAGGGAUCAGUUGCUCGACAUCCCCCACGAUCAUCGGCUCGCCCUUCAGCACAUUGGCGACAGGCUUGAGUGGAUACUCGACAACAUCACGGAGAACAGCACCUCGUGGACUUGUAGUCAGCAACAGAACAUCGACUGGUUCUGUAAGGAACUUGGAGAGGUCAAGUUCAGUGGACUUGGACAGAACUUCGAACAUGUUCUAAAAGCUCUAGUGGAGUUAGAACAGUUUGGGUACUUGGAUUGA